GAUAGGUGUUUGGGGUUCCAGCCUGGAGAUUUCUGCAACUUCUAAAGUCGGCUAUUUUCUGCUUUUGUAUCAAUGCUAGAUGGUGACUUCUGGAUAAGAUGCUUGUCGUUAUUCUCUUUGGCUUGUCUUUGAUGUCAUGGCAUCCCUGGGUAACUGCACAAGAGAAGGUUAACAAGCGAGUUAGCCGAGCUGUGACCCCUGAGCCAGUUGCCUGUCAGCUGAGCAACUGGUCAGAAUGGACAGAUUGUUUCCCAUGUCAGGACACAAAGUACCGACACCGGAGCCUCUUGCAGCCGAGCAAGUUUGGGGGAGCCAUCUGCAGUGGUGACAUCUGGGAUGAGGCCAGCUGUAACAGCCCCACACCUUGUCUGAGGCAAGCACAGUGUGGACAGGAUUUCCAGUGUAGAGAGACAGGUCGCUGCCUGAACCGCCACCUGGUGUGUAACGGAGACAAUGACUGCCUGGAUGGCUCUGAUGAGGACACCUGUGAGAAUGCCAUGAUCACCGAGGACGACUGCCAUCAGUAUGACCCAAUCCCAGGGUCAGAAAGGGCAGCCUUGGGGUACAAUAUCCUGACUCAGGAAGAAGCCCUGAGUGUGUACGACGCCAGGUAUUUUGGAGGCCAGUGUGAGACUGUGUAUAACGGCGAGUGGAGGAAGCUCCAGUAUGACCCUGUCUGUGAGCGCCUCUACUAUGGGGAUGAUGAGAAAUACUUUCGGAAACCCUACAACUUCCUUAAGUACCACUUUGAAGGCCUGGCAGAUACUUUAAUCUCCUCCGAGUUUUAUGAUGAUUCCAAUGAGCUCUUUUCUAAAAUAAAAAAUAGUGAGACACUGUCAGGUGGCAUAACUUUCGGCAUAGGCCCCCCCAAAGUUCCCGUGACGCUGGCGCUGAAUGUAUCCGGGUCCCAUAUAUCUUCACUCAUGAACCAGUUAAGCAAGUAUAAUGAAAAGAGAUUCAGCUUCAUGAGAGUGUCUACGAAGGUACAGACGGCACAUUUUAAGAUGAGGAGACACAAUAUUGUGCUGGAUGAAGGGAUGCUGCAGUCGCUAAGGGAGCUCCCAGAGCAGUUCAACUACGGAAUGUACGCCAAGUUCAUCAACGACUACGGCACCCACUACAUCACCUCCGGAACCAUGGGUGGCAUUUACGAAUACAUUCUGGUGCUUGACAAGGAGAAAAUGGCAGCUGCUCGUGUGACCGCGAAAGACAUUGGGUAUUGCAUUGGAGGUUCCUUGGGCCUGGAGUUUGGGGACCAUUUCACCGUUGAUGGAGGGUUAUCAGGACAAACCUGUGAGAAAUCUGGAGCUGCUAAUACUGAUAAAAAGAAUAAGAACUCGGCAGUAGAGGACAUCAUUUCGCGGGUGCGAGGUGGCAGUUCUGACUCGGGCAGUGUCUUGACAGAAGAUAGGAGUAUCAUCAUGUACCGGUCCUGGGGGAGAUCAUUAAAGUAUAACCCUGUUGUUAUCGAUUUUGAGAUGCAGCCCAUCCAUGAGCUCCUGCGGCACACAAACCUGGGGCCUCUGGAGACCAAACGGCAGAACCUGCGCCGGGCCUUGGACCAGUAUCUGAUGGAAUUCAAUGCCUGCCGCUGUGGGCCCUGCUUCAACAACGGGGAGGCCAUACUCCAGGGCACGAACUGCAAGUGUCAGUGCAGCCGGGGUCGGCAAGGCGCUGCCUGUGAGAAGAUGGGGCUGGAGGGAGUCAAAGCAGAUGGCCGCUGGAGCUGCUGGAGCUCCUGGUCAGAAUGCAGAGCGGGUACCCAGGAAAGGAGGAGACAGUGCAACAACCCUGCACCCCAGAAUGGAGGCGCCCCAUGCCCAGGGAAGAGCACACAGACCCGGGCCUGCUGAGUAUCUCUGGAUGUAGCCUGGGAAGACAGCGAAUUGCUGUUCCAAGGGAAUGCAAGCCAACAAAGACCAUCUUCUUCAUACACUCAUACAUCUUUUUCUCAUAUGAACCUCAUGAUUCUCAGCCUCUACCAAUGAACUGGUUUCAAAGCUGCCUCUCUGUUUCAGGGGGGUUGUCACCCCCAUACUUCUCAGAGCCACCUUUCUAUCUUACUAGAUAAGCCAGCUGUGGUUUAGACACAUCAGAAAUUGUCACUCUUGUUUCUGGGGGGGGGGGGCAUAAGCUGCAAGAUCAAGGUCCCAUCAGGUCUAGGGUCUCAGGAGGCUGUGCUCCACUUUAUAUAUGCCCCUUUGUUGUGUGCUCACAUGGUGGAGGGCUAGGGAGUCUCUGGGACCUCCCUAAAGGGCUUUACUAGUCCUGGUCAUGAGAACUUUGCCUUCAUGACUCAGUCACCCCUCAAAGUUCAGCCUCCUCAUGCCACACCAGGUAGAGAAUUUCCAGGAGGGAUU